AAAGGAAAACCACACACCGGCCAAACCACGACUGCAGGAGGCGGGUAGUAGCAAGAGAAAGGAAACGCUCUCCCAGCCCCAAAGAAAAAGGCAGCACACCAACUCACCAAGAAAGUGUGGAACUGCUCCUGCCUGCAGCCUCCUGCUCAUCGACCCUUUCGCCCCACAAGCUCGAUUCCUCGCUCGGCCAUGGCUGCACCCGCGGAGGAGACGCUUGCCGCCGAGGAUACGGCGUCACCACCGCCGCCGGCGAGGUCUGCGGGGUUCUGGUUCCUUGGCGAGGAUAAGUCUGUCCACAAGGCUCUCGGCGGGGGUAAAACUGCUGAUGUACUUUUGUGGAAAGACAAGAAGACCUCUGCUGCGGUAGUUGGUGGUGCAACUGUCCUAUGGGUUCUGUUCGAAAUUGUAGAAUACCAUCUCCUGACCCUGGUUUCUCAUGUGCUGAUCGCUGCACUGACCAUCUUGUUCCUGUGGUCCAAUGCGACUGUCUUUAUCAAAAAGAGUCCUCCUGAUGUUCCUGAAGUGCAGAUAUCUGAAGACCUUGCUGUAAACAUUGCGCUAGCAUUGCGUGCUGACAUCAACAAGGCACUUGCCCUGCUUCGGGAGAUUGCUCUGGGCCAUAACCUGAUGAAGUUCCUAGGCGUGGUCGUCGCCCUUUGGAUUCUUUCAGAGAUCGGGGAGCUAUGUGAUCUCCUGAGAUUGAUGUACAUUGUGGUCUUGAUCCUCCACACAGUGCCGAUACUGUACCACAAGUAUCAGGACCAGGUGGACAAUUUCGCUGCAAAGGCGCACAGGGAGCUCUGCAAGCAAUACGCGGUCCUGGAUGCCAAAGUUCUGAGCAAGAUUCCAAGAGCUCCACCAAAAGAUAAGAAACAGAACUAGAACGUGGAGGAUGACAAGCGCCUUGUUUUCGGCUUGGGCGACGAGAGUUUGUAGCCAAUGGUCUGAUGUGGUUCGUGGGCUUUGUGUAGGUGCACAGUUUCACGUAUAUGUUCUGGUCGUGUAAUCUAUAUGUUUAUAUAAACCUGUAGGGGUGUUGAUGACCAUCGAAAGUGUCGUAAAUAUUCAGUAGUAUAUGUAGCUUAGGGCUUAAGCGGUUGUGUUUAUAAGGUCAUUGUCGUUGUCGAUGGGAAGUAUUAUCAUGUUAUUUUCAGGACUCAGGAGUAUAAAAUGAAAUAAAAUGUGAAUUCAUCUGAA